UCCUCGUUCGUCUGCAUCUCCGCUUUCUCUCUCUCUCUCUCUCUCUCCGAAGACGCCCCGCGAGAAGAUUCUGUAGAGAGAGAGAAAGGGAGGUCCUCGUCGGAGCUGCUCAGGCCUCAUCCAGAUCCGGCGGCCCUUUGUCCCCUCGAACUUCGGAUCUGGUCUGAAGCUCUCUGGUUGCUACAAAGUUUCAAUAUCAACAGCCAAGUUUCAUGUCUGAUCUCGACGUCCAGAUUCCCACUACCUUUGAUCCUUUUGCUGAUGCUAAUGCUGAGGACUCCGGUGCUGGUUCAAAAGAGUAUGUGCAUAUUCGUAUACAGCAACGGAAUGGUAGGAAAAGUCUGACGACUGUGCAGGGAUUAAAGAAAGAAUUUAGCUAUAACAAGAUACUUAAGGACCUCAAGAAAGAGUUCUGCUGCAAUGGGACUGUUGUCCAGGAUCCAGAAUUAGGGCAGGUCAUUCAACUUCAAGGUGAUCAGCGUAAGAAUGUUUCUACCUUCCUUGUCCAGGCUGGAAUCGUGAAGAAGGAGCAUAUCAAGAUUCAUGGUUUUUGAUUGCAGUAUCUUUGCAUAGUGCGUGGCCUGUGUUAGGGCGUCAUAUCUAGACUUUGAACUGUGCUUACUAUGUUAUUUUGAAGGCACUUCUGUUCUGCUUCUGGGUUUUUGUCAAUUUCCUGAAUUGUGAUGUGUGUUGUCUAUGGAACAUAUGGCACUUUGUUACUGUUUAUGUACUCGUAAUAAGAGUUUGGGUGUUAAGAUA